AAAAUGAAGAAAGACGAGCUGGAGAAGCAGUAUUCGCCAAGCCGGUGGUCCCACAGGAUGGCGGCGGACGACGUGAUCAAGGCCCACGUCAAGGCAGUCAAGGAAGGCACGGAGCGAGCCCGUAGUCUGACCCAGACUUUACUCGACGUCCCGUAUGGCGAGGGAGACGGAGAGAAACUGGACGUGUACUUACCCAGGACCAGCUCUUUGGACGUCAACCUCGUUAUUUACAUUCACGGAGGCUACUGGCAGUUUCUCAGUAAGGAUGAAUCUGGGUUCAUGGCCGUUCCACUCAUCGAUAAGGGUGUAGUUGUGGUUGCUGUUGGUUAUGACAUCGCCCCUAAAGGUAACAUGGACCUGAUGGUGUCGCAGGUUCGCAGGAGUGUGGUGUCUGUUGUUCAGCAGUAUUCUCACAUCAAAGGUCUUUACCUGUGCGGCCACUCUGCUGGAGCUCACCUGACUGCGAUGGUUCUCUCCACUGACUGGUCCCAGUACAGCGUCACUCCUCAGAUUAAAGGUGCUUUUCUCGUGAGUGGCAUCUAUGACCUGCUGCCCAUCCUGCCCACUUACGUUAAUGAGCCUCUGAAGAUGACAGAGGAGGUGGCGAUAAGAAACAGCCCCAGCAAGCUGGUGCCUCAGCUGAAACUGUCCUCCUCCGGCUGCCAGAUCGUGGUGGCCGCCGCCGAGAACGACUCACCCGAGUUUCGCAGGCAGUCCGAAGAAUACUACGAAGCUUUGAAAGCAGCAGGACUUAACGUGACCUUGGAGGAUGUAGCGAAUGCAGAUCACUUCAGUAUCAUCGAGCAGCUGGUUGAUGAGGAGUAUUUUCUAACUAAGCUUCUUUUGAAAAUGAUUGGGAACAGCUGAAGUGUUGCCUCCAUCAGCCUACAUGAAAAACCUCUGCAUCGUCACUGACGUCUGAGCAGUGUCUGUGCACUGAUUGAGUACGCGCUGCUUCGGGUUUGCAUUUUGGUAAAUGUAGUUUAUUUACAAUCAAUUUGUUUGUCUAGUUUACUUUUUCAGUAUUUGUUGCAAACGUUCACCGUUGUUAUCUUCAACAGAAGGCCUAAGUGUUGUAUUUUAGAUGUACUUGAGAAUAUUAUGUACCUAAAGCGUGAUUUCACAGAAGGUGACUGUAGCGAAUUUCACGACCAACAUGCAAUCAGUUUACUGAAAACUAUUGUGCACAAUGUCAGGAAGCAUGGCUCAGUUACACAGUAAAUGUUAUACGGUUCAUUUGUAGUAUUUUUGUCAUAUUCAGUGUUUUGUAGACAUGUGGGUCUGUCUCGCUCACUUUGUUUAGCUUUUUUUUAUCGGCUAGUUUGCACCGCAUCAGUUAAUCGAACAGCAGCAACACAUUAUUCAAUCUAAAUGCAGCUGUUUGCUGCAUCUUCUACAACUCACUAAUAUUUCACCCAGGGAGAGUUCACCGUGCUGACAACUUUGUGUACACACCUAACAGAAAUCUGAAAAUGUUUGAGACUAAACAGAAGCACGUGAAUUAUCAGUGCUAUAACAUAAUAUUCACUUUUGCACAUAAUAGUUUGCAUAAUUUACACAUGGUUUUGUUUAUUGUUGUGGUAGAUUGCCAAAAAAAAUCUCAAUAAAUGUAUGGGAAAAAG